UUAUUUUUCACUGAGGGUCACGUAAUUAUUACUUUCAUUUAUAAUUUAUGUAGUUUAGUCAAGCAAUAACAGUGUGUUGAUUCUAAUGAUUCGAAAAGAACAGGUUCAUAAGAGUCAUUUGUACGUGAAUCGAACAAAUCGCGAUGCGUGAGUUCCCAAAAAGAAUCGACACAUACGAACAAUUCUUGCGCGUCCGUUCGAGAGCUGAUGAACGGAUGAACAAGUAUCCCUUCACCGUUGCCUACUUUAUCCUUGACCUUCUCGUUUCCACCUCCUCGCGCGUCCUGCGUCACAGUAGAAGGAAUACAAUCGAGGCGGAGCAGCGCGCUCGGCUUCGUCCUCCCGCACACGCGCAGCAUGGCCACCACGCAAGCGCACGUCUGAACGGUUAGCCAUCCCACAGGCAAAGCGGUUAUAUAGUUAACUGUGAAAGAAACCGGGUGAGCACCCUCUGAGCGAACAAAAUUAUCCCUGGCGCAGAGGUACGACCCGUUCGAGACUCGUGAACACUGUCAUUUGGUCGUGCAUGUCCCUGAGAGCCUGACGUUUCUAUUCAAUGGCUGCCUCUGGCUCCUCCACCACCGUGCCUGAAGGAUUUCACUAUGAGACCAAGUAUGUCAUUCUCAGCUACCUCAGCUUGCCCCCACCGACAAGAUCAAGACCAAGACCCUCACAGAUAGCGGAGGGUAAGGACUCGCACCCACAACUCAGAGAGAGCCAUUCUACACAGGAAGUGGAAAGGGAGCGGAAUAGCAGCCUGAAGAAAGAGAUUGAGAAUCAAAUAAAGCAGCUGGAAGAGGAAAUUGUGGCCUCUUUUUCUAGGACUGGUUUUGAUCAGCUCACAUCCCCAGUGUUCAGUCCAGCCAAUCCAGAAAGCUCCAUAGAAGACAGUCUGGCAGUGCUGGGGGACCGCGUUUCACGGGACCUGGACACGCACCUGUCUUCCGCCACUCACACACUUCUGAGCAGUGAUUUGGACUUUGACCACUUCAGAGCAGUGGUGGAGGAGGUGUCCUCUCAUGCUCAAGGAGGCUGGAGCAAGGUGUUGGUACCUUUAGUAUUGUUACAAGCCCUGCAGAAUGAGGGGCAGCCACUGGAAACUCUGCUACAUUAUGGCUUGCGCUACCUCGAGGAAUUCCAAGCAGACUUCAUUAUUCAGCAGGGAGGAUGGGGCACUGUGUUCAGCCUGGAUGAAGCUGAGGACCCUGGUGUGAUCAUAGCUGAGGACAGUAACGACAUCUACAUCCUGUCAGGUGAACAGGCCUCAGAUCAGCUGAGCCCUCCUGCUUCACUACUGACUCUUGGAGAUAGCAGUGGGCCAGCUUCCUGGCAGACAGAGAGUCUCCCUGUGUCUCUGACAGGACACGAGUCUUGGGCGCAGGUUGGCAUGAUGGACCCGGAAGACGCCAAGAGUCUGGACAGCGCAGAGGGAGUGGCGUUAGUCGAGGAGCAAAGUGAGAACAACUCUUCAAACUCUGACAUUGUCCACGUGGAGCGUGAAGAUGCUGAACUUCUAGAAGAAGUCGGGGAGACAGUGGAGGAAGCGGAGCUGCAGAGUAGCGUUCUUAGCGUGCUGGGCAGUGAGAGUGAACUCGCUGCUGUCCGAGAAGAAGCGCCAACCACAGAGCCAGUGCAGACCGAAACGGAGCCGACCGUGGAAGAGAUCCUUCCACCUCCAGCUUCAGAACAAGAGCUCCCAGCCUCCCCUGCUGCUGCUGCCGCCGCCGCCUCGUUCCCCGUGCCUGAGCCUGAACUUCAGUCUCAGCCUGUCCCAGCUCCUGUGGAGCCACAAUCAUCCCCCCCGCCUGAUCUAGAACACGAAGUGGUCCAAGCAAUCCUGGACCAGGAGGUACUUCCAGAGGUGGAUCUGAAGGUCUCCUCCACGGCCCACGAGCUCCCUUUCCAGACCCCUUCUGAGGUGCAGACGAAGUCAGUGCCACAUCCCGAGUCCUCUGACCUCCCUGUGCUGCUAUACGGCGGUGCUGCCCUGGUGGCCAUCGCUGCAGUAUUGGCCUUUGGAGCGCUGGCCUACAGGAAGAAAUAGUCCAUGACCUCACUCUCUUUUGCCCUGACGGAAGCCCUGUGGGUCACAGUGCGGCCACAAGCUGCACUUUAUGGGAAAACUACUCCUCUUAUGUGUCAUACCAUUUUAUUUUCUGUUCCCGUCGCUUUUAUUUGUUGGCUUAGUCCAGCUUUAUGACCGGAGAGGAUCUUACAGGUGAAGUCAGGUUUCUUUUGUGCUGUAUUAGUAAACAUAGUAGCGAUUGGUUCACUAGGCUGUGACCUAGGUUCCUGGUUCCAAAGUGAACAUCGAGGCUUCCGGUUCAGUAGUCGUUCAUUUGUGUUAGUGAAGCAUGUUUAUUGUCAUAUAUAAAUAUUUGAUUUAAUGAAGUUAGGUUUGAUUUUUAAACACAAGCUUGUGUGAGUGCAUGAUUAUGAUUUUAUCUUAUCAGACAUGAAAUAUUAAAGUGCAAAUCUUCGGAAUGGAUUGUGACCGAUAUUGUCCCAAAAUAUAUCAGUACUUGUACAGAUUACUCGCAACAAACAAAAGCAAAGUAUCCAUGCAUUCUGGAUUUAGACAUUCGUAUUACCAUCUUCAGUAUAUAUUUUGUAUGUAUACUUUUGUAUGAAUUUCCCCUUUUAAAAGCUAAAAGUACAAGCCUAGGUCACAGCCUCAAUUGGGAAACCCCGUCAGUUUGAAAGACAUCUUGUUCAAGGGAUUGUCAUUGUGAACAUUUGUUCUGUUAGGUAUAAAACAUGUUUGUAUAAACUCAUGAAAAUACUACACCAGCACAGUCAAUAUUGCCAUGGCGACAGGGCACCAUUGACUGAAUUUAUCUCAGCAUCAGGAAGUGGAAGAUAUUGCUAGAUGAAAAGUCAUUUAGUUUUCUAAUGAUGUUUCUAAGCGUACAUUUUGUAAUUAAUUGUCCCUAAUUCUGGGUCAGAAGCAAUUUCAAUAAAAUCUUGUGAAAUAUUGAGAAGAGAUUAUAAUGAAACAUUAAACUUGUGGUUUAAUCUUAAACCACGAUUUAGAAACAUCCAAAUGGUUUUGUAAUUCUAGAAUAAAAAGUGAUUUGCUGUUAACGGUCUUUUGCUCAAAUCAAGUGCUGACUUCAGGUUUGGGGAGGGGGAGGGGGACAGAAUGUCUCUUAAAUGUCUUCUGAGCCACACAGAUCAGUCACUGGUCCUUUGCAGUUUUUCUUUGUCUCCUCAAACUUAGUAUUUUCUGUCUUCUGUCUCUGAUUUACACCUUGCCUGUACCUUGUGCUGCUGUUUGUCCUUGAAACCUAAAAAAAGGCCUGCACAGCACAGCCUUGUCACCCUCCUUUUCCUGUUGUGUGCCUAUCCAACAUUUUGGACCCUGGUCAAAACAACAGAAAAUGUAAGCGGAAGUCACGUACAGGCAGGAUUCACCUGUUUUGUCAGUCGUUGGCAAAAAGUGCUUCUUUUUUUUUUUUUUUUUUUUUGCAAGUGAGUUUUUUUUUGUGUCACAGAUGGACAAAAGCUGUGAAAUAAAACUAUUCCAUCAA